ACAUUAUUACAAAGUACCUAAUGAUUAUUCACGCAUACAAUUUCCUCAAAGAAUACCACCAUACCCAAAACAUUCUCAAUAUCAAAGAUUUUCCAAUUCUAUACCGUUUUAUCAAAAAAGGAUAUUUUGGAUUUAUACUGGAGCAGUUGGCGGACUCACUAGCGUAUAUUAUGUAAGUCAUUUAGAGAAGGUGCCUAUAACUAACAGACGACGUUUUAUGGAUGUGAGUCCAAAACAAGAAGAAAAAUUAUCACAACAAGCCUAUCAUGAAGUAAUGGAAAAAUAUUCAAAUAAAAUAUUACCAUUGUGGGAUAGGCGUACCAAGUUUGUAAGGCAGGUAGCUCAAGAUCUAGUAAAAGUUAGUGGAAUGAAUGAUUUAAAUUGGGAAUUUUAUGUGAUUGAUUCACCAGAGAAAAACGCAUUUGUUUUACCUGGUGGAAAAGUUUUUGUUUUUACUGGAAUAUUACCAAUUGUUAAAAAUGAAGAUGGUUUAGCAGCAGUAUUAGGGCAUGAG